UCGUCUAUAUAAUACAAAUCACUGAUUAAAGAUUCUAAGGCUUUUUCAUUUUAGCAGUGGAUUCUCUCUCUCUCUCUUUCUCUCUCUCUUCAGGGGUGUUCUGAGAUCACAAAGCAGUUUCAAAAUGGUGAAGGCAGUCGCAGUUUUAAGCUGCAGUGAGGGUGUGAAAGGAACUAUUAACUUCACGCAGGAAGGAGAUGGCCCGACAACUGUGACUGGAAAUGUUUCUGGACUUAAGCCUGGCCUCCAUGGUUUCCAUGUCCAUGCUCUCGGGGAUACUACUAAUGGUUGCAUGUCAACUGGUCCGCAUUUCAAUCCUGCUGGUAAAGAGCAUGGUGCACCUGAUGACGGAAACCGUCAUGCUGGUGAUCUUGGAAACAUUACCGUUGGAGAUGACGGAACAGCUAACUUCACGAUUGUGGACAGUCAGAUUCCUCUUGCUGGACCAAACUCGAUCAUAGGAAGGGCUGUUGUUGUCCAUGCUGAUCCCGAUGAUCUCGGAAAGGGUGGCCAUGAACUCAGCAAGUCAACUGGAAACGCCGGUGGCCGUGUUGCCUGUGGUAUUAUUGGUCUUCAGGGCUGAAGCCAUAAUUCGGAGCAAGUGAUGAUUCCUGAAUAAAAAGAUCGGAACUUUUAUUGAAUUCUCUGUUGACUUCUGAAUCUAUCCUUGGAUUUGCACCGUCUAUGAUACAUCUGUUUUGUUUAUUAUGGAACGAGCUCUUCUUCUACAUAUACCAUAUUAGCCUCUA